CAUGCGCCCUAAGGGCCAGAAGAAAGCGUACGUGGUGUUUAAGUCACGUGAUCCCCUCCCGCUUCCCCAGUGGAGCCACGUCCUCUACGGUUCGGGGGCGGGGUCGGAGAGCGUGCGUGGCGUGGCGUGGCGUGAGGGCGCCAGGUUCCCGGAUGGAGGCGAUGGUGAUCGCCAUUCGGACACGAGCAGCCGCCGUGGAGGGCGCUAGGUAGCUGCUACGAUGAGAUCCCCGACCCAGCUGCUGCUGCUCGUGCUGCUGGCCUUUCCCGCUGCCUUGCCGCUCGGCGGAGUUCGCGGCGGCCUGGGUUCAAGUUUACUAGUUGCAGCCCAAGAUGCUACGGAGGAUGAAGAAGCAGUCGAAGAUACGAUAGUUGAAGAUGAAGACGAUGAAGCUGAAGUUGAAGAAGAUGAACCCACAGACUUGAUAGAAGAAAAAGAGGAAGAAGACUUAUCGGGAGAACCUAAAGCCUCACCUAGUGCUGAUACAACUAUCUUGUUUGUGAAAGGCGAAGACUUUCCCGCAAACAACAUUGUAAAGUUCCUGGUAGGCUUCACCAACAAGGAUACGGAGGAUUUUAUUGUUGAGUCUCUUGAUGCCUCUUUCCGGUACCCUCAAGACUAUCAGUUUUUCAUCCAGAAUUUCACAGCUCUUCCUCUGAACACAGUAGUUCCACCACAAAGACAGGCCACAUUUGAGUACUCAUUCAUCCCUGCGGAGCCUAUGGGUGGUCGUCCCUUUGGACUGGUUAUAAAUCUGAACUACAAAGACUUAAAUGGCAAUGUGUUCCAAGAUGCUGUCUUCAAUCAAACUGUUACAAUUAUUGAAAAAGAAGAUGGAUUGGAUGGAGAAACAAUCUUCAUGUACGUGUUCCUGGCAGGACUUGGCCUGCUUGUCAUUGUUGGUCUACAUCAACUACUAGAAUCUAGGAAAAGAAAGAGACCAGCACAGAAAGUAGAGAUGGGCACAUCAAAUCAAAAUGACGUUGACAUGAGCUGGAUUCCUCAAGAGACUUUAAAUCAGAUCAAUAAAGCUUCACCAGGGCGGUUGCCCCGCAAAAGGGUACAGAAGAGAUCAGUGGGAUCUGAUGAGUAAAUGUUAAUUAAUACAACAAUUCAGCCUUUACUAAUCCUGCCCUUCCUCCCCCUUUUUUUUUCCUGGAUUUCAGUAGUGCACAGAAUCCAUAUCAACAUGAGGAAAAUACUACUUACUAUUUUUGGACUGACCAAUUUAUCUGACCAGUGAUAACAGUGGAAAAAAUACUUCAUCCCUUUAAGAUAACAAAAUGGCUUUUGGGGCAGGGGAAUGAGAGUUAACCAUUGGGGGGGGGGGUGUAUAAACAGUUUAUCUUAACAGAAUCAUUGUGCUAACUGAAAUGUGCCUUUAGAAUCCUAUGUAAUUCUGGCUUGUCUGCAAACCUUUCUGAAGUUUCUUGGUUUUUUUUUUCAGAAAUCCAAAUGUGUAGUUGCCUAAUCUUUUCUGAUUGUAUCCUGUUUAUAUACGAGUCUUCAUGCAUUAUGUAGUAUCCUAAAGCUAUGAACUUAGCUACUUUUAUUAGGAUUUUAUAUGUUUCUACUUCAGUGAUGAUGCACUGAUUAUCUGGACUUUUUUUUUAAAUGUAACUAGUAUUCUAAAGGCACAAGCAGGUAUAACUGCUUUUAGCAGUACAGAACGUUUUUGCUGCUGUUUGAUAUAAUGCGCACACUGUGACCUAAGAAUCCAAAUGUAUUUGUAUAAAUGUUAGGGAUUUUUACAGCAGCAAAACUUGCAAAGCAUGGAAUGAUAUGUAAUCUAUAUAAAAGAUUCUUUUUACAAAACCACCCAGUUAUCUGUUUAAAUUGUUAAUUUAUUUAACUUGUGCCAACAGUUCUGGUAUUUUGGACCAUAGAGAUAGCUGUGGAAUGCUUGCUUCAGUAAUUAAUAGGCCACAAUUAGUGUUCAGAGACUUCCCCACCCUUACAAAAACUAGAAGAAUCACAGGUAGCAAAAUGCAUUGAGUUUCAUAAAUUAUAUUGGAUGCAAAAGAUAACGGUCUUAUGAAGUUGUAUGUUACACAGACUAAUGUACAGUAAAGUUUUUGUAAACAAAUUUUUAAUUUCAAAUAUACCCUGCAGGUGUACAAAGCUGAGUUCUUAAAUGACAGUAAAAAAGAAAUUAACUUUGACCCUUUCUUUUGUGGAGUUAUGUGAAGUUUUGAUCUUAGUGAAGUACUUUAAAAAGAUAUAAGUAUUUUACAACAAAAUUUAAGUAACUGAGUCAUAGUGAAAUGACAGCUAUUGGAAAUGCCUAAAUCUUACUCACUUUAAAUUGGAUUGUGCUUCAUGCAAGUUUUGUUUAACUUUCUUCUUCAGGUUGAUUAUUUCCAUUAUUAAAUAUAUGCCAGUUGAACAUACAUUUAAAAGAUAAAAAGCUAUACACCCUCAAAUAGGAUUUGUUUUGUAUAGGACUCUAGUUUCAUGAUUACUAUAAACUUAAGUACAGAUCUGUCACUAAAUGUAUAGGAGAAUAAGUUUUGGUAUAGGCAACUGGAUUUCAGUCUUGAAUCCUCUGACAAAAGGAAGGAACAUAAGGACUUUUUUUAAUAUAGAUACAUAAAUAUCUAAAGUUAGGUGCUUCUGAAAAUCCAACCUGUCUGAAUCAUUAGGUGCCUAAAUACCUUUAAAAACAGUCAUCAUUUUUUGAAGUUUGCUCAGUUUGGGAAAGGCAAUUUGGGACUUGUACAUUAGUUUUAUAGCUUUCUUAGUGAUUAUUUCUUGAUCUGCCUUUGUUCUGCAGGGACUGAGCAUCUGAGCCAAUGACAGAUGAACAAUACCUGCAAAUCAUUUCCACACUGGGUGUGAAACAGGGUCUAAGGUCUGAAACUCCCUGUACUGGCGCUACUGUACUAUAAACUUCCCUGUAAAUGAAGUGUGAAGUAUUUUGACUCUUGUCUUGGUGUGGAAAGUAACUUUAGAAACAUCUGCUUCGUGUUUUUAACAGUGCUUUACUUACAAACUUAACGUAUAACUAGCCAGUAAAGAACAUUUAAUUACCACAUUGCAGGAUCUAAAAGAUUAUUAAAAGAAAUGUUGUACAGGCUGAUUAUAGUAAAUCAAAUACACUUAAACCAUCCUUCAUUUAGCUGGUUGCUUGCAUUAGCUGAUGUACAAAGUUGUUGUUUUGAAGGUAGCAUUCAAAUGAUUAUCAGAUUAUAUUCAUACUUCUCCUGAUUCAGCAAAGCAAUUAAGUAAUCAGGGAGAAACUGACUGAACCCCUUGCAUUUUAAUCUCAGGAUUAUGCCUGGUACUUGAAUUCACUAAAUCGUUUCAGCAUGUCAUGAUAGGCAACCAUAAAUUUAACAUCUCUCCUAGAUUCAAUUUGAAGUCUGGAAAUUAAGUGUUAUCUCCACCUACAUUCCCAAGGAAAAUAAAGGUAACAAGGACAAUUCUGGAUUGUGAAUAGUUGCAUAGGAGGCAAACCCUAUGCACUGUACAAAAGCAAAGGACCAGAACACAUUUACUGUGGUGCGGGUUCUAUAUGGUAGCAAUUUGGAAUAUCCAACUUCAUUCUUUUACCUUCACAUAAAUGAGAAAGUGGCCCUCAUUCUUAAUACUUCUGAAACAGUCAGAUACAUGAUACAACUUGAGAUUUAAUAGGUACAGCUCUUAACUACACAGAACUCAGGUGAGUGUAGAUUUUUUUAUUAAAUAAAAGCAAACUUUAAAGUAGUGUUUAGAAAUAACUGUCAAAUGUGAUACUUCCAUCCAAGUUGAACUGAACUCUUGGUCUUUCCUAGCCAUGAAGCAAUUUAAUGUAAAAUAGAACUAAGAAUUAUUAUUACUGGAACUUUAAAAAAAAAAACUUGUAUAGAUUACUUUGAUUAAUUUAGUGGUAUAACAAGUUUUUUUUUUGAGCUAAUUGUUUAAUACUUCCAUUACAUCAGGUAAUCAAGAUCACACUUAAUGGGCACCCAGCCACUUGGAAUGGGAGGAAGAAGGUAGCGCUGUGUGGCACAGAAGGAAAUAGAACCAGUCUUCAAAUUUCUAAGCUUGCAUGGGUGUUGUGGUAGAGGCUGGGUAUGAUGUAAGAGGGAAAACUUCUUGAUGGGGAUUACAUUAUGCUAAUUCUACUUAGUGACUUGAGCUGUAGUGAUCACAAUUAAUUUUUUAGGCACUACUUCCACCACUAGCAUGAAAUACUUAUAGUACAACUUGCCAUUGACUUAGGACUAAAUUUUAGUAAGCAACCCUAUUUAACAACUUCUUGGGGAGAAUCUUCCUACUUUUGGCUCUCCAUUAAGUACUUUACAUGUAUUAAAUAGCAUGGUUCCAAUUUCUUGUUCCCCUUUAAUAUACUAUAGUUAAAACUUAGCAAUACUGCAGUUGUGUGAAAUGGCUGAGCCUAUAGCAAUAAUAGAUUUUAGCAUCUCUUCUCAGCACAUGGAUCAAUCUAGUACACUAAAGUCUCUAAGUAGCUAUAUACAACUUGGUUGUGUGCCAUAAUGGGCUAUCUUACCAUCUGCAAUUGUAUAUUUGAGUUUAGUAGUAAAGCAUUUUAAGAUUACCCUUAUAACUUAAAGGGGUGUAGGUAGCCUAAUUUGUGCACAUAUUGGGCAUAUCAGGUCACUCCCUUUUAGUCUAAAAAGGGAAAGCUAUUAAUCACUUUCCCAAAGGAGAACUUGCAUUAAAAUCAGUUUUUUACAACAUUAGUGCUCAAAAUAGCAUGCUGAUUAUUAAUUUGAAUGUGUCUUAAACAAUUCAGAUCAAUGCUCCUUUUUCCUUCAUCCUACUAUCAAAUGCUCUAUCACUGAAAUUUCAGUCUGGCAGAAACAAAUAAGCGUAUCUGAGUGAACUGCUUUCCAGGCAAAUCUGAUGCAGGAGGAAGUGACUGAAGCUAGACUUGCAGAUACAAUUUUGUAUGCAAUACCAUGAGGAACCAUGGCCAAGUAGCUAAAGCACAGACCAAGGCGUUAGAUUGAGAAGGUUCUAGUGAUAGGCCUGUUGCAAAUUUAGUACGACUGGGAGACAUUUAAGAUGGUUGUACUUGGUUUUACAGAUCUGUGAAAAGGGAAUAAUACUUCAGUCUUUAUGCACUGUUUAUAAAGGACUCUUGAAAUCCUUGCUGGUGCUCAUUACUUUCACUGAAGAGCACUGAAUUUAUGGCUGCUGGGGGAAAAGGUAAAAUACAAAUAAAAUCCCUAUCGCUAUAGGGGAGUUAACGUUAAGUUCUUUUGAAGAUGAAAAAUGCUAACUUCAUAGGAGUAGCUCGUGUAAUACUUGUCAAGAUUUUCAGUAUUGGGCUGCAAUACCCUCAUUUGAAGAGGUGCUGAUUGCUGUAUAGAAGACUUAUGCCCUUCCAAUUGAUUAGUGCUCUUACUGAAUAGAGUGCAGCAGCCUUACAGGGUCAUAAGAAUCUGGAUUUUUUUUUAAAUAUACCAUACUCUUGUUUAGCUAAAUAUAUGAACAGCAAACCACAAGGAACUUUCACUAUAAUAAAGCGUAGGUUCAGAAGCUGAUUGCACACUCUCCAUUGUGGUUGCAGUACAGUAACCAUCUUAAUCACCUUUUCCCUGUAAGCAGUUUAGUUACCACAGUAAUGCUAUGAUUCUGAAUGGGUGGGAAUAUGCUCUUUACAGAUAUGGUUUAUAGACCCAAUUUGAGAAUCCUUUAGAAAGUGAAGGGACAGACCGUUCAAGGAGCUGAACCUCCACUGUCUAGAAGUUAUACCACAACUGAAAUACAAAUUGAAUUUUUACUUUACCUGCAAAUUCUUAAACACUUUAAGGGAAAGCAAAAUCACUCUUGAAACUACAGCUCCAGGGUUUUUUUUUGUAAAACAAACUUGAAAUUUAGUUUUGUUUUGUUAAAUAAAGUACUAGUAUAGCACUAAA